AUGCGUGGAGGACGCGUGAACAUCGUUCUGCGGCAAGAAGCGGUGGAGGAGAAGCGGGCGGGCACGGCUGCAAGGGGAGUGAGCGUGGGGGAGGUGGUGCGGGGAAGCGGCGCGGAGGAGGGAGGGCAGGCAGCGGCGUCACACAUGACCGUGCGUGAGGGCGAGCACGUGGGACGAGGCUGUGCUGCAGGGGUGGGGGAGAGGGCGGCAGCAGGGCGAGGAGACAGUGCGGCAGCAGAGGAGCGGGGCACAGCAGUCCCGAUCUCACACGCGCACGCACAGCCCGCACCCACGUGUGCUGACCUGCCUGUGCUGGGCGCCAUGACGCCAGGGGCCAGCCCCUCCCACCCUAGGCCCCCCACCUUAGGGGCAGCAGGCCCCUGGUCAGACGCGGCCUUGAGUAUGGGCAGUCAUAGGAGCGCCCAUGCGGAUGCAUGCGCAUCCAUGGAGGGCCACCUGAGCAAGGAGCCAUCUCUGCUCGUCUUCUCCGGUACCCUCCCGCUGCUCCCGCUGCCUCGCCUGCCCCCGUCGCCUGCCGCCACCCCUGCCGCUCUACAUGCUGACGUGCACCUCUCUCUCUCUCUGUGGUGCCGGUGCCGGCCUUGUGCCCCUGUGCGUGCAUGGUGCGGCACGGCAGGAGGCACGGCGUUCAACGCAGUGGCGGAGGCGCUACACGAGUGGACCACCACUGUGGCGCACGUGCUGCCCGUCUCUGAUGAUGGCGGCAGCACCGCAGUGAUUGUGCGCGUCAUAGGUUCGCCUCCUGGCACUUCCACUACCAGGUUCGCCUCCUGCACUUCCACUACCAGUGUGGGCAACUUCUUCUUCUCAGGCGCGCGCGCCUUCUUCCGCUCGCUGGACGCCGCCAUCUUCCUCUUCUCGCGCGUCUCCAACAUCCCGCAGCGCAGCCUCGUGCUGCCCUGUGUCUCAUUGCAUGGCCAUCCCCUUUCAGUGAUUACCAUACGGCCCAUUUCUCCUUCCACUCACUCCAGUGACCUGUCCCAAUUUUCAUCUAAUCCCAAUAUCCCUCCCCUAUGUCUUUGUGCGUGCGACCCGCCCUUCCCGUAUGCGUGUUGGCGCACCACAUGGUGUGUUGGCGCACCACAUGGUGUGGUGGCGCACCACAUGGUGUGGUGGCGCACCACAUGGUGUGUUGGCGCACCACAUGGUGUGUUGGCGCACCACAUGGUGUGUUGGCGCACCACAUGGUGUCUUGGCGCACCACAUGGUGUGUUGGCGCACCACAUGGUGUGUUGGCGCACCACAUGGCGUGUUGGCGCACCACAUGGUGUGGUGGCGCACCACAUGGUGUGUUGGCGCACCACAUGGUGUGUUGGCGCACCACAUGGUGUGUUGGCGCACCACAUGGUGUGUUGGCGCACCACAUGGUGUGGUGGCGCACCACAUGGUGUGGUGGCGCACCACAUGGACUGCACCAUCAUCCGCGGGCAGAACGACAUCUCACACCCCGCUGUCGUGGACAGCCCACGCCACCUGCCGCUCACCGUUGACAAGGUCACACUGCACUGCUCCCACCGCCUUGUUGCUGCAAUGCCGCCUCUGCAUGCCUCGACGGCCCUCUCACACCCACACACGUCCACCACCCAGGUUGAUGGAGUGUGCUCACGUGUGCUCCUCCUGCUGCCUGUCUUCCUCUCCCAUUUCCUACCCCCAUUCUCUCUGCAGUCGUCUGACGCGUCACCUCCUCUGCCCGCACCAUCCGCCGUGUGUUCUACAUGUCGAGUGAAGGCACCAACCUGCUGCAUGAGGUGCGUGUCGAGUGAAGGCACCAACCUGCUGCAUGAGCGCUCGUUCCGAGCGUUUUUCUUCCGCCGGGUCACGCAGCUGUGCUUGUCUGGUCCUAUUACCAAGCCAGCAAGGGCAUGGGAGGGUUUCGUGGACGUGGACGUGGACGCGGACGCGGACGUGGACGCGGACGUGGACGUGGACGAGGACGCGGUCGUGGACGUGGUCAUGGACGUGGACGUGGACGUGGUCGUGGACGUGGUCGUGGACGUGGAUGCGGACGCGGACGUGGUCGCGGACGUGGGCGUGGACGUGGUCGCGGUCGCGGACGCGGACGUGGUCGCGGACGUGGUCGCGGACGUGGUCGCGGACGUGGACGCGGACGUGGACGCGGACGUGGACCCGGACGUGGACGCGGUCGCGGACGCGGUCGUGGACGCGGACGGGGACGCGGUCGUGGACGCGGACGUGGACGCGGACGUGGACGCGGACGUGGACGCGGACGUGGACGCGGACGUGGACCCGGACGUGGACCUGGACGUGGACGCGGACGUGGACGUGGACGCGGACGCGGACGCGGUCGUGGACGCGGUCGUGGUCGCGGUCGUGGACGUGGACGCGGACUUGGACGCGGUCGUGGACGUGGACGCGGACGUGGACGCGGUCGUGGUCGCGGUCGUGGACGUGGAUACGGACGUGGACGUGGACGUGGACGUGGACCUGGACGUGGACGCGGUCGUGGACGCGGUCGUGGACGCGGACGCGGACGCGGACGCGGACGUGGUCGCGGACGUGGACGUCGUGGACGUGGACGUGGUGGACGUGGACGUCGUGGACGUGGUCGUGGACGUGGACGCAGUGGACGUGGACGUGGACGAGGACGCGGACGUGGACGUGGACGUGGACGGGGACGGGGACGCGGACGCGGACGCGGACGUGGUCGGGGACGGGGACGCGGACGCGGACGCGGACGUGGUCGUGGACGCGGACGCGGGCGCGGACGCGGACGUGGUCGUGGACGCGGACGCGGGCGCGGACGUGGACGGACGCGGUCGUGGACGCGGGCGCGGACGUGGACGGACGCGGUCGUGGACGUGGACGUGGGCGUGGACGGACGCGGUCGUGGACGUGGACGUGGGCGUGGACGUGGACGUGGUGGUGGACGUGGACGUGGUGGACGUGGACGUGGACGUGGUGGACGUGGACGUGGACGUUGAUGCGGACGUGGACGUGGACGAGGACGUGGACGUGAACGCGGACAUGGUCGUGGACGUGGAUGCGGACGUGGACGUGGACGUCGUGGACGCGGACGUAGACGCGGACGUGGACGUGGACGUGGACGUGGUGGACGUGGACGUGGACGUUGAUGCGGACGUGGACGUGGACGAGGACGUGGACGUAAACGCGGACAUGGUCGUGGACGUGGAUGCGGACGUGGACGUGGACGUCGUGGACGCGGACGUGGACGUGGACGUGGUGGACGCGGACGUGGACGCGGACGUGGACGUGGACGUGGUGGACGUGGACGCGGACCCGGUCGCGGACGCGGACCCGGUCGCGGAUGCGGACGUCGACGCGGACGCGGACGUGGACGUGGUGGUGGACGUGGUCGUGGACGCGGACGAGGACGUGGAGCACGUGGUCGUGGACGUGGACGUGGACGUGGACGCGAUCAUGGACGUGGUCGUGGACGCGGACGCGGACGUAGACGUGGACGUGGUCGCGGACGUGGACGUGGACGCGGACGUGGUCGUGGACAUGGACGUGGGCGUGGAGUGA